CUUACUUCAGUGAAUAGUGCAUGAAAUCCGAAGAGGCGAGCAGCAACCUCUAGCUGCUGAAGCUAGCUGGCUAACGACAAAUAUGGAGUACCCCAGCGAGAGCGUUGUUUUCAUCCCGUAUUUCUCGUUUUUGAAGAAGAGGACAAUACCGAAUUCGUUAUAAUUAGAGGACAUUGGGUUGAAGAUAAUUUGUGGAGUUUAACGAGCGGGUUUCACCCGGUGUAACGUUAGCUAACGUUAGCUCUCGGCUUUAGUGCUCUUACAUAAAAACAACGGCCGAUUGGCAGCGGUUGACUGGAGGGUUUGUGUGUCUGUAGUUUAAAUAUAUCAAAUGUAAUUCCGACUUUAAUGUAUUGUUAACUAUUUUUAAAACCUAGACUUUGCCGUUGUUGAGUUGAUAUAGUAUCGUAACGCCGAGUUAGUACGAUAGUCCACAUGGACAUUAAGCUUCUUACUUGCUAAGCACGGAUGACUUUACCCACCGCCUCUCGGCUGAACAUACAUUUCUUUAGAAUAAUUAGUUUGUGUUCUCUUAAAAGAGACAUUAUCUGGAAAGUUUCCAUUUGUAGCAGAGAGACUUGGUGUAAAGUGGACGAGAGAGGAGCUGACGAAGUUUAGUAAAUACGCAGCACUUCUACCUCCAGUGAGAGUCUGGUGUUUACGCGCAGCCACAGCUGGAGAGGUGACAGUCGGACCAGCAAUGUUACACAGACGUCAUCUUUUGUCGUGGUUGAGGUAUGACUCCGAAUGAGUCCUAAUCUAUUGCAAUGGCUCGCGGUGAGAGUCGGGCAUCAGUGAACCUCUCCGCCGUCUAAGGAUCUGAUUUUCCCUUUGGAAGAUGGAGACGGGGAUAAGGUCUCACCAGGGCGAGAUGUUCGUCCAUCCACUCUCCAACCCUGGGACUGCGGGGAUCUGCCCCGAGAUGUUGGAGGUGGCUGAGGAGGUCAACCGGGCUGGUGACUUCAGCCUGGCCGCUGAGAUCUACACCUCCCUGCUUGCAGACCUCCAGCAGCCGGAUAGGGGUUUAUGUUUGAGGAAGGCUGACUCUCUGGUCCGAGCUGGGCGGAUAUCGGAGGCGCUGGACUCGUACUGCACAGCGGCCACCCUGGGCAAACUGAGCCCGGACGAGCUUCCCCUCUUGGUGGAAACCAUCGCCCGGACUCUCCGCGAGAAAGAGCUGGGCUUCCCCGGGACGUUAAACGGGAAUGGUAAAAGCAGCAACGGGGCAGAUGGAUUUGAAAGUGAUGGAGAGUGGGAAGAGGAUGAAGCACUGGACUUGUUUUCCUGUCGCCUCUGCAAGUGUCUGCUCCAUGAGCCCACCACCGUGGAGUGCGGACACACUUUCUGCAAAAUGUGCUUAGAGGACGACGCUAUCAAAGAGUGUAUACAGUGCAAAGAAAUGUUAAACAAAAAAGAUGCACUGCCUAAUGGCCGGAGAUUAGACGUUGUUCUCAGUGGCUUGCUGGAUACACUGUUUGCAAACGAGAGCAGAGCGAGGAAACUGUGGAUCGAAGGAGAGAUCUUGUGGAAGAAUCAGAACCACCCGGAUGCUUUAGACAAGUACGACGCAGCAGUGGAUCUAGUGCCCUCUUCAGGCAGACUGCUGUGUCAACGGGCUGAGUUGCACAUGGAGAUGAGGAACUUCAGUCAGGCAGUGCAGGAUGCCAACAGCCUCUGUAGGAUAAAACCCAUGUGGACAAAGGCUCACUGUCUGAAAGCCACGGCGCUGAGUGAAGCUGGCCGGAAUGAUGAAGCCUUGCAGGAAUACUUGGUGUGUGUGGCGCUCAAGCCAGACUGGACCAAAGUCAAACUGGAGGCUCAGAAGGUCCUUAGCGAGGUGUUCUCUUCUGUGUUUGAGAACGGCGACAUGCCAACGCCGCUGCACCCACUGCAGGGGGCGGUGGCCACCCGCCUCAUUAAACCCUCUGCCUUGCUAAGGUCCCUGAAGCCGCUCACUCAGAAGCCUGGCUCAACCUCACAGGACUCAGAGUUCAGUACGACUAAAAGCACCACAGUGGACGACUCAUCCUCCAGACUCUCUCCUCCGUCUCUGGGUAUAUCAGCGCGUGGCGCAGGGGAGGGCAGCACCAAGAGCCUGGCUGACGUUCUGGCUGCACUGCCAGCGCCCCCUGGUAGCAUCAAGAGGAAGCACAGUGGAGAUGAAUCCUCAGCCAUGUUUAACCGUCCCUCCAAACUGCUCAGACCUGACGAGGCGAGCAGCUUUCAGACGGCCGCAGCGUUCAGAGGAAGGAUGUUUCCUGCUGAGCUGCUGGACAGUGGAGACAUGGAGUGUUCACUCUGCAUGAGAUUGUUCUAUGAGCCGGUGGCCACUCCUUGCGGACACACCUUCUGCCUCAAAUGUCUGGAACGCUGCCUGGACCACAACUCUAACUGCCCCCUGUGCAAGGAGAAUCUGUCUGAGUAUCUGGCCACCAGGGGCUACAACAAGACCCUGCUGAUGGAGGAAGUGCUGCAGCGUUACCUAGGAGACGAGCUGGCAGACAGGAAGAAAAUCCAUGAAGAAGAGAUGAAGGAGCUUUCCAACUUGAACCAGGAAGUUCCUAUCUUUGUGUGCACCAUGGCCUUCCCCACCAUCCCCUGCCCGCUGCACGUGUUUGAGCCGCGCUACCGCCUUAUGAUCCGCCGCUCCAUGGAGACGGGCACCAAGCAGUUCGGCAUGUGCAUAGCCGAUGAGCUCAAAGGUUUUGCCGACUACGGCUGCAUGCUGGAGGUGCGAGAUGUGAAGUUUUUUCCUGACGGUCGCUCCGUGGUCGACACCAUCGGCGUAUCGCGGUUCAAGGUCCUCAGCCACGGCCUGAGAGACGGAUACAACACUGCCAAGAUAGAGUACCUGGAAGACAAAAAGGUGGAGGGGGAGGGUCUGGUGGAACUUGUGAAGCUGCACGACGCUGUGUAUGAGCAGGCCAACAACUGGUUCACCUCCCUGAAAGACAACAUGAAGAGUCAGAUCCUCAGCCACUUCGGACACCUUCCCAGCAAAGACUCCGACCCACAGGCCAGUCCCAGCGGUCCGGCCUGGUGCUGGUGGCUGCUCGCUGUCCUUCCGUUGGAGAAUCGAGCCCAGCUCACCAUCCUAGGCAUGACCUCUCUCAAAGACCGCCUCAUUGCCAUCCGCAGGGUCCUCAUCUUCGUCACGCGCAAGAGGCCGCGGUGAUUGUCCAGCUGCUUCAGGGACGGACCGGAACCGCUCGGGCUUCUGUUGUUCAGCAAUUUCGUUUGUUUGUUUAGUCGUUUGUUAAUUAUGGCCCCUCAUUGACUGAUUAAUUCACUAAUUUAUACAUUGGCUCAUUUACUUGCCCACUCUUCCAGCAAUUCAUUCUCUCAGAAGCUCAUGAACGUGUCGUGCAUAGGGUUGGGUAUCGUUUGGAUUUCAGCGAUUCCGGUUCUGCUUAUUGAUUUUGAUUCCUUGAGGGUCAACAGAGGUCGUAUCCUUAUAACAUGUAUGAAAACCUUUUUACACAAAUUGAUAUUCACCAGUCACUUCAUAAGGUUUAUGGAACCUGUAAAUUAAUUGCAUACAGUUUAAUUUGUCUCCUGUUAUUAAAUAAUAUAAUGAAAUAAUAAUCUGUUCAUUAUUAUUUCGUUGAAGCUGAACUUGUUUUUUUUUUUUUUUUUUUGGUACCUGCUAUUUUGGAUUUGGCUAUUACCUGGAGCCAAAUUUCGGUUCCCAACCCUAUUGACGCAGCCUUUCUGAGCACAUGUUUGUUCUGCUGAGUGUCGGGUGGGCCUGGGUGCUGGCACGAGGACAUGCUCUCCCCUCUCGGUCUGUUGAGGUCGAGCUGUUUCACUUUCAUUUAGAUCAUUUGCCUGAUUCUGUUAUGAAGGAACAAAAAGCUCCUGCCACAAUGGUUCAAGAGGAAUUGACUUUUCCGACAGACUUCGCAGUAUUCCACAUGAGAUGUGAGACAGAGCCGUGUGGCCCUUGCAUUCACAACUUUGACAGUUUUCCCCCACAGGUACUGAAAUAUGAUGUAAAAUCACUUGGCAACACUCUAAAGUGAAUGUACUGGUCUGGCUGCUUUAUGUGGAUGUUUUUCUUCUCACUACAUUUACAGAAUCCUUUUGGAGAGGUGCACAUGAGGUGAGAUUGCUGCGUGUGCACCGGCUGCUUCACUCUAUAUCUUCCUGACUGAGCCAAAACUCAUGCACAAAACCCCGGAUCUCUCUGCUGCCUCACCGGGUGGUGGGCAUGUACCUCAGACGGUCUGAUGGGAAGUAAAGGGCGGCACGAGUCAGCCCAAAACUAACCACAGACUACACUGUGAGAACAGGUGCAACUCUAUAACAACCUGCUCCGCUCGUUGUCAAAGUAGAUUCAAGUAAGAUUUAAACAUAAGUCGGGCCAACACGAGCUCUAGUUGCAUUUAGUAAAGUGCAGAAACAAAAGCAUCCUCCCAGAUACAGUUGAUCAGAACCGUCAUGUCCUAUCGUAGCAUAUCUUUGGGACUUCAAAUACAAAUGAAUUAGUGAAAGGGUUUGAUUGUAUCUUUUCCUGUUAGUUUGUUUCUCUGCCCUCAGUGUGUGUGUGUGUGUGUGUGUGUGUGUGUGUGUGCGCACGGGGAAAUCUUAAGUUGGGUGUUUUAUAUGUAUAUCAAUGUAACUCUGAGGCCUUUUAAAAUGUUUUAUUUAAGGAGCAUUUCUCUCAGUACAUUUACACACACACACUGUUCUUUUCACCUUGUACCUAUUACAAGUUGCCUUGUGGAGAUUUCUUAUACACAAGAAGUUAUGUUUAUGUUAAAUGUUUCUCACCAACACGUGGUGCAAAUCCUUCUCGAAUUAUGUUCCUUUCUCAAAAUGUUUUGGAACUUGAAUGUUCCUCCUUAAAGGUGCGAAGCCGCGUCUUUGUUUUUUAAAUUGGAUAGUCUUAAUCGAUCAAAUGUUGCACUAAUGACCCUGUAACUGUAAUCUACAUGAUGGUUGGAUUAAAGGUAGCAUGUGGAGUCUUGGACCACUAGUAACGUUGUAAAACAAUGAUUCUAUGAGUGUGUUCAUGUUCAGAGCACGCCGUCGACGCAGGUUCCUGCUGUUCUGACAAGUAGCUGACGUAAACAAACUAAAUAUUGAAAACACUUGCGUAUACUUUGCUGAGGAUUCAAUUUUGUUUUGGUGAGAAACACUGAAUGUAAAUCUAACUGCGUUUGUUUACAAUAAAAUGUGACCGUGCAUUUUUUGAAAUGAAGGAUGUAUGG